UCCCGUGUGGGGUUGCUAGUCCUCCAUCGGGUGCGUCCCCUGGGUGGUGGAUAGGGGAAAGCCUCCUAACGAGGUACCGGGGAAACCCGGCGUGAACCAAAACUAGCAGGGGGUGGGGCACUUUUAUGUGCUGCAACUGAGGUUUGCCGUCUGGAUGCUCCUGGUACUGCUUUGCUUAUCAGAGUGGACAUAGCGAGCGUUUAAAUGGCAAUAUAAGGGGAUGAAUCUGGUUUCCUGCUGGGUUCUAGUGGCUUCCGAGCCGUGAGGAAGAAAACCUCGUUAAAAAUUUACAAGCGCGACGGGCUCUGCUGGUCUUCAUAACCGGUGAGCAUUGGCUUCAGCUACCGUCGGGCAACCCGUAAUCCACACUGAGCGGAACCGGGGGCCUCACGCACGGAGCGAGGGGCCACGAGGAAGACAACCUCUAUAAAAAUUACCCCAAUCCCAAGGUCCGUCGCCUGCCGAUGGGAUGAGUGGCUGAUGGGAAUUCAGUCCCGAAGGCGUCACAAUGGGGGGUUUGGGGACAAUAAAAAAUAAAAUAAUGGAUUACACGGCGGCAAAUAUAACUACCCGGGAGGGUCCCCGAAAGGGGGAAUCCCUUGGUGCGCUGGAAAGCCGGCGCAUCGGCCCCGACGUAUACGGGGGGGCCAACCGACGUGAAGAGGAUGUGUUAGGUUUGGGGGGGAAAUUUUGGGCAAAGAAAGGAGUGGGAGAAAAAAGAGGAGAAAGUAGUAGAAGAGAAACAGGUACAAGGAACGGUGCUGAAGAGGUGGCGUCGGAAUCUGACAGCAGCCUUAGACCCGUCGGGAGCCGGCUCGGAUCGAGAUCAGGCUCUCCAGUGAUAGUACCGAUGGGCGGAGCGAAACGUCCCCGUCUCAGCGAGGGUGAAGAAAAUAAUAUGUCCACUGAUGAAGAAAGGCCUGGAACACCGGUGCCCGUAAGGCGCAUAGGUCAAGUGCCAGACAGUGGGCGCUUUCGUAAUAGUCUGGGCAGAACCAGGGAGGCCCGCCAACAGACUAGGCUACGUGCAGAAGAAGACCUCCUUAAAGAGACUGAAGUCGCCCGCUGUCGGCGGGUUUUGCGCAAAGGAGUAGGAUCCACGGACGGACAGCGGAUCGACGAAAAAACCGCUGCUCGUCUGCAAAACGAGGUACUAGAGGACGUGGAAAUUAUCAGAAAGGUAGCCACUAAGUCCUCCAACUUGAAGGGUACCUUCGUACGCGAUUUAAAAGACGCUGCGGACUCUAUUAAGGCGGCCGUGGAAGUCCUGGCAUCACGCAAUAUAUCGGAGGAAACGAGAAAAUUGCAGGCGGACAAUGUUCGCUUGCAGGCCGAGAUGGCCAGUCUUCGGACUGAGCUGUCUCAAUUACGCCAAGAGAUGAAGGGGGAGCAGAAUCAGGGUUCUGUCCCCCCUCCUAUGGAUGUGACGGAGGAGGCACCCCCUGUAACUCAACCUCCUUCAAAGAAUAACGGAAAAAAUAAUAAAACCAAGCGCUCUGGACCAACUCCAGACGCGCUCACUUUAGAGGAGAUCUGCCGAACGGUUAUGAUCCAGGUCGGAGGAAUGUUGGACGCCCGUCUGGCGACAUUUGAGGACAGGCUCCUCCCAGCGAGAAACCUUCGGCCGCCGCUUGCGUCGGAUAAUAGGCAAGUUGGGCGUAAUUAUGCAGCUGUGGUCUCAGGGUCUGCAUCGGACGCGUCCAGGCCAGCUGAAGGAAACGUGCCUCAAACGUCUGCACAACCCGGGCCCAGUACAGCACAGAGACCAGUUGGGUCCAAUCGGACACAGGGGGCAAAAGAAGGGACAUCUACUUCAACUUCUACACCCUCCAAAGGGGUUCAAGAGAAGAAGAAGAAAAAGAAGAAGUAUAAGAAAAAGGAUGGACACCUGCCCGCUACGAACCAGGAGCAGUGGCAGUCUCAGAUGUCAGCGUCGGAAUGGACAAAAGUGGGUCGCAAACAGCAACUCGACCCGAAAAGCCGUGCCAGCAAACUCCGCCCCCCUGGAUCAUCAGCGGUGCUCUUGACGCUAAAGCCGGGAGUUGAGGAAAGCGGUACAACUUAUGCGAAGGUAAUCACCUUUGCAAAGGAGAAAAUCAAUGCGGCGGAUAUCGGAGCUCACGGAGUCAGACUUCGAAAGGCUGCAACAGGAGGCCGCCUAUUUGAAUUCCCUGGAGCCUCCAGUGCUGAUAAAGCGGACUUGCUAGCUAACAAGCUUAGGGAGGUCUUAGGUGAUGAGUUUGUCACGGUCUCCAGACCUAUAAAAUCUGUAGAUCUGCGAGUUACUGGCUUGGAUGACUCCGUAACUAGUGCUGAGGUGAUUGCCGCAGUUGCGUCAGUGGGAGGAUGUCCAGCUGAUCAAGUACGGGCUGGCGUUGUGGUAAGCGGUUACGAUGGACUGGGUGCAGUUUUAGUGCACUGUCCCGUAGCUGCCGCUAAAAAGAUUGUAGCAGGAGGAAGGCUUCUUGUGGGCUGGGUGUCCGCUCAAGUCAAACUGUUGGAUGCCCGACCCCUCAUGUGCUACAGAUGUCUUGCUCCGGGCCAUGUAGGUGUUCAGUGCAAAGAAGGCAUUGACCGCAGUGGGUUGUGCUACCGCUGUGGCCAACCUGGUCAUAAGUCUCGUGGGUGCUCCGCUGCGCCAUACUGCGUAGUAUGUGCAGCUGCGGGUAAGUCAGCCGAACAUCGCGUGGGAGGCAGAAUUUGUCUUUCCACAUCGAAUAAGAAGAAGAGGGGAGGCAAUAUAGAUCUGAGAAGCAAACAGUCUUCGUCUUUACCGCAGCAAACUGUAGGGCCAGAGGAGGUUCCAAUGACUGAAGAUUAG